AUGACCGACUGCAGUCCCAAUCACGUUCUGGCUGCACCAACCCCACUAGGAAAGGACCCUAACGGAGAAAGUUGGUCCCAACAUCCCUGGCGCUACAGCUUAAUCUACCUCUGCACAAAUACUUGCCCAGACAUCAGCUAUGCAGUCUCCUGUGCGGCCCGCUUCAACAGCAAUCCAAAAGUCAGCCAUGCCACCGCCGUCAAGACAAUCCUUCGUUACCUCAAGAAGACAUCCGACAAAGGGUUGAUUGUGAACUUUAAUGGGACUCUUGACCUUGAAGCAUACUGUGAUGCAGAUUUUGCAGGACUGUUCAAAUCUGAGGCUCCAUAUGAUCCAGCAGUGUCUCGGUCUCGUGGCGGAUAUAUCAUUUUCCUUGGAGGAGUUCCUCUCAUUUGGAAAAGCUCGCUCUUAUCGUGCAUUACUCUCAGCACUCUCGAGGCUGAAUAUGUUCAACUUUCUCGCUCCAUGACGGUUCUUCUGGGGCUCAAGAAUCUAAUCGAAGAACUUCUUCCACGGCUCCAACUUCCAAACUUGACCGCUUUUGUUCGCUCCAUCAUCUUGGAAGACAAUGCUGGUGCACUACUUCUCGCUAUCGGUCAAGGAAUCACCAAUCGCACCCGCUAUCUGAGCCAGUUCUAUCAUCAUUUCUGGUCCUUUGUCCAUCGCCCUCAAGAUGGCCCUCCUCAAAACAAUCCCAAUGGUCCUUGGCAUGACGGAAAAAUCAAAGUAUCCAAGAUUACCACUGACAAGCAACGAGCAGACAUCUUCACUAAAGGUCUGACUCGAGUUCCAUUCAAACGCAACCGUUUCUCCAUCAAUGGAUGGUAA